ACGAAGGGGAGAAGAGAGUGAGAAGGCGCGCUAGGUUUUCGAUCGGGGAAGGGAGGAGCGCUCCGGCCAGCGGUUGCCAGGCAUGGAUUGAUUCGAUAAUCUCGCCGCCGGGUUGUGGAUCGCCUCGAAUCGUGAUGCCGCGCUGAAAUUUCGAUCCUCUCUCGGACGCCUGGAGCUGCCUGUGCCGUAGGACAAGGGUCGCCGGAUUCUCGAGAGGAAUGGUCGGCGAGUGAGAUCGGCUGGAUCUAGAGCCUGCUGCUUCCUUAGGGCGCUGCAUUCGCGAUGAAGGCCGAUAUAGUGCUGGAUUUCGCCGUCUUCCAGCUCACACCGACCAGGACCAGGUUUCCAGAGUGUUUAGCUUCGACUGAUACUUUGAUCCUGAUAUUGCAUUGUUAUUCCAGGUGUGAGCUGCUGAUAUCGUCCCAUGGUGUGAGCGAGAAAUUGGCAUCUGGAUUGCUCAAGCCAUUCCUUGCCCAUUUGAGGGCAGCCGAGGAGCAAAUUGCUGUUGGUGGCUACUCGAUCAGGCUCGAGCCCCCGAUUGAUGGCAACCAAGGCAAAGCAAGCUGGUUCACUAAAGGCACCAUGCAAAGAUUUGUGCGCUUCGUUAGCACUCCGGAGGUGCUGGAGCGCGUCAGCGUUGUGGAGACGGAGCUAAUUCAGCUCGAAGAAGAGUUGUGCAACUACACGAAUGAGGGAGACGACCAGCAAUCUGUUGCUGGAUCAGUCGUGACUGUUUCAGGUGGUGGAAAAUCUUUCAACAAGCAAAGCAAGAUCCGCAAGGAUGUAGAAGAGGUCGACGCUGAAAACAAUGAAACUUCCAGGUGCCGUUUGAUCAAAGCUAUGGAAACUCGACACGCGGUCUUGCAAAGAGAACAAGGGAUGGCAUUUGCUCGUGCAGUUGCCGCCGGUUUUGAUAUGGAUCACCUGUCCGACCUUCUUGGUUUCGCAGAGUAUUUUGGCGCUGCGCGACUAAGCGAAGCUUGUCACAAGUUUGCGUCUUUGUGCAAAAAACAGCAAGAAGGUGGUCUAUGGCUGGACGAAAUGGAACUUGUAGCAGCAGAGGGCGCGUAUGCAUAUCCGGAGGCGAACGGCACUGGAAUAACUAUUGCUCCCGAGGGCCUGGCCCCACUGAAGAACAUGAUUGAGGCCUCCAAGGCUCACGACGAGAAAGGAACAGAUGAUACGGCCCGAAAGGACUCCCUUGAAAAUCUCCAGCGGCAACCGUCCGGCUACCUGUCUGAUCAGCACCACAGCUUUCCUCAGAUGAUGGGAAUGCCACCGUAUGGACAUCCUCCUCCUUGGAUGCAUUUCGGCAGCGAGCAGGGUUACGAUCCUCGAUUUAUGCCUCAGAAUCCAUACGUGAACGGUAACUACGGCCAGAUGAAUCCAUACUGGGCGGUUCCUCCCCCCGGUACUUUCAACAACGCAUCCACCAACGGUGAAGCAGAGGAGGAAGAGGAUGAAGUAGCAGAAAAAAGUAACGGCAAAAAGAACAGCAGGAAGUCUUCACCUCGGAGAAGAACGUCUUCGCCACUAAAGAAAGUUCAAGUCGGGCGUCCAGGAAAACGGUCAGGCAUGGUUCUUAUCCGGAAUAUCAAUUAUAUUACAGGGUCACAGGAUCAACCUGCUGGUGGAAACAAAAGCAGGAGCACGGAAAACGAAUCCGAUGAGAGCAGUGAGUUUGAAACUAGCAGUGAGAUAGAUCAAGGGGGGAAGCAACAUUAUAGCGAAGAACGUCCGAGUCGAAACAAAAAGAAAACGAGGCGCCACAAAUCUGUUCCUGUGGUAACGGAGAUCUCGUCUGAAGGCUCCCAUGCAUCAGCAAACGGAAAGGAUACGAUUGAUGAUACUUACUUCUCGGUACCAGGGAGAGGCGGCCUUCAAUCUGGGGGAAAUGCGUAUGCUUUUGACUCGGAAGCACUCCCACAACAGCACGACAGGAGACGUUCAGAGUUUACUUCCGAUGACUCAUAUAUGCUUAAUGGUGACGGAAGAGCUCAUGGGAGAAAGACAGGUUCCCAGUAUGGUGCUGAAGAUCAGAUGAAAUCUAGUAAUCUAGCGUCCAAGGAUGGACUGGUGCUGCCUGGGAGGAAUCAGGCCGGGCAUUUCGUCUCUAGCAAUUACGACUCAGAACUGUCUUUCAGGAAAGCAGGCCAACACGAUGGUAACUUGGACGAUUCCUUCAUCAUUCCCCAGCGUUCUGGUUUCUCGGAUUCAGCACAUCCGAUAGACGAGUCUUAUCAGCAUCAAAAUCGACAGGACGAUUCCAAGGAUAUGAGUUCAGAUGCAGUACUACAGGAUCUUUUUAUCGUCCCUUCUCGACCUGCUCUUGAUACCUCAGAGGUGACAAGACGGACCUUGGAGCUCGAAAUGCCGGCAGACCAGCUUUACGUAGAGACAAAAGAAAAGCCUGAAAGUCCAAAGUUCGAGCCGGAGGAUAUAUGGAUGCUGCCAGAGAGAUCGGUGGGGAAGGAGUCACUUGAGAAGCGAUGGAGCGACGUCAACGUUGAAAUGGAGGCAAUGUCGGCCAUGCAACCGAAACCUGAGCCUGCACCAGAAGAGGAAGUCGAGGAGAAAUUUUACGAGCAAUACCAUGAACAGCGAGACGCUAAGUUGACGAAGGAGGCUGGGCCGAAGAAGGCAGAGAGAGAAGCAAGACUGAAGUCGCUGCAAGACACGCUAGACAAACGAAAGGCCGAAUUGUCUUCUCGGUUCAAGGCAACAAGAUCAUCAAUUCUGAAGACAAAAAGAGAGAAGGAGGAGGCAGAGAGGAAACGUCUCGAAGAAAUUGCGGCUGAACGUCGCAAUCGAAUUGCUGCACGAACCGGAGGCACUUCAACACCAAAAUCUCAGCCGGCCGUGUCCAAAGUGAGUAGAACCAGUACUUCUAGCAAGCCCCCGACCAGAGCAUUGAGUUCGACGACAACAAACAAGAGUUCUUCAGUAAAAAAGCCAACGUCAAGCAGCAAUCCGCUCAGCCGAUCCGUCCCUUCCCUUGCAGACGUUCGCAAGGAAAACGCAAAGCCGCCGGCUGUCCGACAGCAGGGAGCAACUGGAAAAGCAGGAGAAUCAUCCUCUACUAAGAAGCCAAUGCCUGUGAUGAGGAAAAGCGUAGCGUCAGUGCGAGAACUGGUAAAACCGGAGACACAGAAGGCUUCCUCAAACCGGGCAGGAGCUUCUCUCUCACAAGCAGACUCUCGGUCGGCCUCGUCCAGGAGUCUCAAGGGAGUCCCAUCGACUCCAGCUCUGGCAGCCUCUAGCCAGGAGAAAGCCAAAGUUUCAGGUAAUGCUCCCCCGGGGGUGACGAGUUCCAUUGCAUUGAAUCCUAACGAGUCGUCGUCCUCUUCUCACCUGCAGCAAGUAAGUACUAAGAGUGCCGAAAGAGUAGCGUCUCCAGGGCUCAGCGCCGAGACUCUGGAAAAGGCCGAUGAGCUCCACUACGGCAGCAGUGGUAUCUCCCUCGAAGUCCCACAGAUCGAGGCCGUUAGCUUUGAGCAAGCGAAAGAUAUCCCGGAAGUGAAAAUGGUGGCGAACUCUCGCCACGCAAAAGAUGACGAUAGCAGCGCUCCGGCGGUGGAACCCGCCGGAGACAAAGGCAGCAGCAGGGAAACGCUAAACCCAGUCCAACCGACACAAGUGACACAGAUCAGAGACGCAAAAGAAGUUAACAGCAGCGAAGCUGUGGAAGCAGUGGAAGCGCAGAUCAAGGUUUCACAGAUCAGAGACGCUAGCUCUCGGCAAACAAAAGAAGUUGGCAGUGGCGAAGCAGCGGAAGCAGUGGAAGCGCAGAUCAAAGUCGCGAGCUCGCAGGUGGAACCAGUUUCGCAGAUCAAAGCCGCUAGCUCGCAAGAUGGAGACGAGAUCGAAGCUGCGAGCUCGAAAGUGGGAGACGUUUCGCAGAUCAAGGCCGCGAGCUCGAGAGUGGUGGAACCGGUUUCGCAGAUGAAAGUGGCUACCUCGCAGCAGGAGAUCAAGGCCGCGAGCUUCCAGCCGCGAGUGGAAGGCAUGGUAGCAGCGAAACCAAUCCCUCCGGAUGUGGAAGUGAUCUACGUCCCGCACAAGAUCAAGAACAAGGACUCCGGCUUGAAGAAGCUGCUGAAAAUCGGCCGGAGCUUGGUCAGGAACUAGGACGCAGGGUUUUCUCGUAGAGAAUGUGAGCUUCUUUCCUUCUAUACUCGUAAUAUUUCUAUCUUGUUGCCUAAUUAUAUAUAGAUUUGAAUGGAGCA